UGACAACACUUCCGCUUCAAGAGAUUGACGCUGAGUCGAGUGGGAGGUCUCGAGUUGGACAUCUCUACAAAAAACAAGCCGAAGUGUUGAAUUCGCCGUUUAUCGCCUCCGUGGAAGUUUGUGACUGCUUAAGGAAUAUUAACCACCGGGUGGACUUUACUCCUACUUUUCUACAGUGGACGGCUGACUGUGAACUAUAGCGCUUCAGUCCGCGGGGGCUGUCAUAGCAGCAGGCUAGGCUAGGUGUUGUGGCACUAGGCUAACAGCUUUAGCUUUCAGAAAACAAAUGGUGAAGCCUUUUAACAACCAAAACAAAAACAAAACUAACGCGCUAAGUCAAAUAACUACUAGAGGACCUACAACCUAGAUAAAAACGGGUUUACCACCAAAACCACGUUAGCCGUGCUAAUUGGCCAGCUAGUUAGCAUGAUUAGCGCCUGUCAACGCGUCUCGCAGAACACCAGGAAUAACGCGUAACUAGCGUCCUGCUGCUAAUUGCUAGCAGUGGGACAAUGCGCAGGGGCGUAUAAUUAGCAUCAAGUGACGCGCAACUGAGCAGAGUCUGUAGUUUCUGAAACAUUUAAGUGUUUGACGCUUUGUUUUGAUGGAGAUGAACGUGCUGCAGCUCGCUGUGUCGUUAGCAUGGAGGCAGCGGAGCCUGGCAGCAGCACUUCGGAGAGGUUACAUAACGCCUGCGGGUCGGGAGAGAAGCUGCUGAACGCUUGAUGCUCAGCCCGGCUUUGACGGCCGCCACCUACCCCGCCUUUCUAAAAACAGCCGGACGGACAACCGCAGGUCUGAUCCCAGGGGAAACCCAAGCCGGAACAGUUCGCUGAAGAUGGACUCGAACCCGCUGAUAAACGCCAUGGACCCGUCCAUUACACUGUGGCAGUUCUUGCUGCACCUGCUGGAGGACCAGCGCCAGCGUCACCUGAUCUCCUGGACAGGUGAGGACGGUGAGUUCAAGCUGCUGGACGCAGAGGAGGUGGCCCGAUUGUGGGGGCUCCGCAAAAACAAACACAACAUGAACUACGACAAGCUGAGCCGGGCGCUGAGAUACUACUACGACAAGAACAUCAUAAAGAAGGUGAGUGGCCAGAAGUUCGUCUACAAGUUUGUCAGUCAGGCCGACCCGUCACUCGAGGGAGCAUGCAAUGGGGAGGACGGUCAGCGAAGAGAAGGCGUUGAUGCAAACAGCCAUUCAAAAGGCCACGCUGGGGCAGCGUCCAGCUGUCCGUCAAAAGCUCUACAGCAGCGCUCGCCACCCAGCAGCUCUCAGAAAAGCUCCAGAAAUGACUACAUGAAGUCCGGCCUCUACUCCACCUUCACCAUCCAGUCGCUGCAGGCAUCCCCCAACCCACGGCCGGUCAAAACAGAGCUGCUGCUUCACCAGGAUGCUGCACCGAAGGGUGAGCGGACGCCCAGAGAGAGGUGUGUUUUGUCAGAGUCUAAAUCUUCUCCGCCAAUAGCCGUUGACUCUGCCCUUCAGGUGAUCGUCACUCAGCCGUCUCCAUGUCAGACUCCAGCUCUCAGUCCUCAGAUGGCCACCAAUACUACGAGCCAGUCACAGAAUCCUCCUGUGCCUCCUCUCAAUGACCCGCCACAGAUUUAUCUCACCGGUGCUGGGGAUCCCUCCUCACUCGCCUCCCUCAUUCCUGUGGGUCCCGUUGGGGGUUCUGUGAAUCCUGUCUCUUCAUCCCAGUCAUUAAUGAGCACCCAGCUUCAUCAUGACAACUGUGGGGGAGUUCCCAGUCUUCCUCACCCAACUCCUCCGUCACCUGUCUUUGUCAUCAUCAACCCUCCACCCCCCCAGCAGCAGCCGGCGGCCGUGGCAGCUGUCCGUCCUGUGGCGUCUGCUCCUCCCCUUGCCCGCCCCCCCCCUCCUCCUCCUAUCGUUAUCAAGGAGGAGAACUUGCCGUCAGAGGAAGAGCUGCUUGAGAUGGUGUCAAUGGAGGAGAAGCCAGUGGAGGAGGUUCCUCAGCUGAUCUGUGGUUCAAGAGAACCGGACAUGCCCCUCACCAUUGUUGAAAAAUCGGCUGCUCCCUGUGUAGAGCCUGAGGUCAGAGGUCAGCGGGCUGCAGGGGAGGCAGAGGUCAAGGACACAGUAAAAGACUCAUCCAUCCCUCCGUCGGUAACCUGCCCCUCAGAUUCUGCUGUUCCUCCCAGACCAAAAAAGCCGAGAGGCCUGGAGCUGCCAUCGUCGCCGUCCCUCCCCCCCGGCCUCUCUCUGGAUAAGGUGAAUGCAGCUGUUAACAGUUUACUGGCUCCUGGAUCAGGCACCAACACACUGACACCGACUGUCAUCACCUCCCACUCUCUGACUCCGGUCCUGUUGACUCCCAGUCCUCUUCCUUCCACCAUCCACUUCUGGAGCACACUCAGUCCCAUUGCUCCUCGCUCCCCAGCUAAACUCUCCUUCCAGUUUCCCAGCAAUGGCAGUAACCAAAUCCAUAUCCCAGCUCUGAGCGUCGACGGACUCUCCACCCCUGUGGUUCUGUCCCCCGGCCCGCAGAAACCAUGACGCACUGCCGAAUUAUAGAGCUUCUCACUGGGCUCAGAACUUACCUGAUGGUUCCUUUGCCUCCUUCCAAAACUGGAUUUGUUCCAAAGUGUUCUGCUAACAGCUGGAACCAUGACUUGCCAUCUGACUGGUUGGACCAGUGAGAGAGGCAAACCUGGCAGAACUGCUCCGGUGCCUAUGGAAAGGGUGGAUUCUCCUCCUCCUUUAGUGGUUGAAUAUGACAUCGACUACAUAUGUGUUUUGUUCUUUCUGGAGAAGGUCUGUUUGAGCUGGUAACUUAAAUAACAGCUUCUCUUUGGGCACCUAGAGAAACUGGAAUCAACAUUUUACUGAAGUUUUAGGUGAAAACAUUGAUUUAAAAUCCCAACUGGUCAUUUUUCUGUUUGUUGGUUCAUCUUAACAUGAACAGGAAGUAUGAUGAUUGGACCUAUAAACAGAGUCUCAGCGUCUAGUCUGUUCCAUGAUGAGCCCUUGGUGCUGGCUUAUUCCAGUUUGCAUCGCUGAUGCUGAGUGACUUGUCUUUGCUUGUUUCAUUGAGUCCCAGCUGCUGGAUUUCCACAGGUCCAGCUUUAAAGCACUUCUGCAUGGCCUGUCAUUGAACCGACGAGCCCAGCCACAUUACUGCUACAUUAAAGCAUCUGUGCCACAGAGUGGAUAUUUUUGUCGUUAUGUGGCAGCACAAGGAAGCUCCAGGACAAUGGACUCUGUGUUUAUUUAGUUGUAGAUUUUGAUUUUAUUCCUGAUGUGCAGUCAAUAACUUUGUUCUUCUGCAAAACUGCCGUAGUGUCGGCACACCGUUCCAGUGAUGUUCAUUCUGUCGCCAGUGAAAGUUGGAUUUUGUUAAGCGCCUCAAAUCUUUUUUCCGCUGACACAGGCCACAGCUGUCCUAACAGCCUUUCUUACACUUUGGCUAAGUUUAGACUGAGCCAGGGAAGGACCAAGUGUUUCGACCUGGGAGAGAACAUCUGCUUCAAAAAGCAAAAACAAUGAAAGUGCUGCACAUUUUUAAAAAAAUCCAAAGUGAGGGUGAAUUUUGCCCAUUGUUUCCACUAAAACAAAGACUGUUGUAGUUCGAUGCUUGCUGUGCUCUGGUUGCCACGGUUACCUGACCUGACUGUUGCUGCUGCUGCUGCUGCUGCUUGUGAUGAUGCUGUUCAUGUGUUUGUACUUGUGUGAUGAUGAGAAUGCUGAGGCUUGUGUUGUUAGCGUCUUCACACACACACACACACACACACACACACACACACACACACACACACCUCAGACUUCAUGCUGUUCUAUAGUGCGUGCGUUUGUGCGCUGACUCGGGUGAAAAGGAACCAAGUGUGUUUAUUGGCCUAGAAAUAUAUAUUCACUUUUUAUAUGUUCAGUAUAUUUCCUUUCAGGCAAAUAUUUAAACUUGUAAACAUGAGGGUUUUUUUUGUUUUGUUUUUUUAACUUUUCCCGUCAGAGGUCGCCACAGCAAAUGAUUCGCCUGAUUGUUACUGGCAAGUUUUUAUGCUAGAUGCCCUUUCUGACAAAACCCAAGUCACUGGCACCAUGAGCGCAGCGCCAUGAGCGCAGCUCAUGUGUUGGACUGUUCUCUCCUUUUACAGCAUGAUUCUAUUUUUCUAUCAGAGCUGAUGCGUUUCUAUUGUGUCGCGUUUUAAAAAGCCUUAAAGAUUCCAGCCGCAGCAGAAGGAAGAUGCGUCUUCAUUUAAAAUAAGCCAUUUCUAACUGAGAGCUGACGAACGUCCGACUGUUUCACCAGCAGAACAGAAGAAUGUUUUUUUUUUUGAUCAGUGUUGGGUUCUUGGUCCUACACUAUGGACGGCCACAAUCUGCAACAUGUUUAACAUGUCAGCUGAAGCCUCGUUUCACUGCUGUUUUCACUUUUGCGAGACAUUCUGUUGGAGUUUCCUAUCUGAUGCUGCUGCUCUGGUCGUCACGGUUCUGACAUCUUGUAGUGAAUCAUUGACUCUGAGCUUUUUCUGGUUCAGUCUUGGUUCUGAUUGUGACGUUCCAGCUUUUAUAAAUACACUGGAGUAGAAUUGUUAUCAGACAAGACCGUGGAGAAAGAUUAGUAACUGGUCAUUGUUUGGUCUGGGUUCUGUUGAUUUGCAUGCUCCAGUCUGGACAAUUUCUUUUGACCCUUUUUGCAGCAUUGUGAAAUUGGAUCCUAAGCUCUGGAAGCAGAUGAUUGACACGUCUCCUCUGGACCUUCUUGUAAUUAGAUCAGCAGGUUGAUGUGGACCAGUUUCUGUACAUAGUACCUGUGAUUCUGGAGCUGGACGUGCAACGGCCCGGCUCACGUGUCAGUGUCAUAAUGUGUUGCUUCUGUGGCCUGUCGUCGCUGUCAGAUUGUGCUCGGCGCCGCCUCUCCUUGGCUUUGAUUGGCCAGGGGCUUUAUUGAUAAGGGGAGGAGCCUGCUUUUAUUUUUCUGAGACAGUAGAAAUGUUUCGAUGUAUACUGGGAAAGAACAAUAACUAUUUUUUAUGCUUUCUGUCUGUGUAAAUGUUUUCUACAAAUACUCACUGGGAAAAGGUAAUAAAACUAUUUUGUUCGGAUUA